AGAGGGUGCACUUCCGGUUGCCGGCACUCGCGGUGGCGGGGAGCGGGCGGAGCGGUCGCGGCUCCGUGUCCGCCAUGUUCCUCCUUCCGCCGCCGCCGCCGAGGCCUCCGCCAUGAGCCGCAAGAAGAGCGGCUUCGCCAUCACCAGCGUCCGCGGCGGGGCCGGCGGCGCGAUGGAGCCGGCCGCGGGUUCCUCGUCCCGCUUCCGCCUCAUCCGCUUCCCAGCGCCCGCGGAGCCGUCGCGGCGGGGCCGCUGGGUCUGCCGGGACUCGUACGAGCGCGGCGGCGGCGGGAGGGUCGUGCUGUCUCUCGGCUCCCCCCUCCCGCGGCCGUUCCCCGCCGACCCCCCCCGCUCCCUCGGGGCCUUCGCGGAGCUGGUGCAGGCGCUGCCCCCGAGCCCCCCGGAGCCCCGCCCCGGGGGCGGACCCGCACUGAGCGCUCGAUGGGGAUUGGCUGCCGAGGAUGACGAGGAGGAGGGUGCUGGCAGCGGGGUGACAGCCAUCGACAACAAGAUCGAGCAGGCCAUGGACCUGGUGAAGAGCCACCUGCUGCUGGCGGUGCGGGAGGAGGUGGAGCUGCUGCGGGAGCAGCUGAAGGAGCUGCGGGAGCGCCGGGCGGCGCUGGAGCGGGAGAAUGGGCUCCUGCGGGCGCUCGCCACCCCCCAGCAGCUCGCACGGCUGCGGGGGGGCCCCGCACCGCCAUGACACCCCCACCCCGGGGCUCGGACCCCCCCGUUCUGCACCGAUCGGGGCCUUUUGUAAUAAAGCCGCGGUUUUUGAAGCGCG